CUCUUUUCUAAACAAAGGUGUUUGAAUGUGGGCAAGAUGGCGGAGGCUGUGUCGGAGCUACGGUGAUAUCACGCAGAAAUCCGGCCGGACUGCGAUCCACAGAGCCCCGAACGACGCGACAAGCCUGCGGAUCGGCUCUGAACACCCUCCCCUCCGUCGAAAGAAACCCCGUCAGCAUCUGGCUGGACCUUUACCACGUUCGACCCUCCAUCAGGAUCAUUCGACAACAUUUCCAAGCGGACCUGGAGUUGCUACGAACCGUUCUCCUGCGGUGAACAGACUUGGAGAGUACUGUGCAGUUGUUUCGCGGUAGCUAGCACCCUCCCCUGUGGUAGUUAGCAGCUAAAGUCUUCACACGUUCACGCUGGCAUUCCUUCAACUUGAACCUGACCACGGUAGUUAGCAAAGUCGGAUCAGACAUCGCAUCUCGACCGUUUGCAGAGUAGUUAGCAAAACUGGACUGGCAACAUCUUUGUAACACUAAGAAAACUUUGUUGAACAUUACUCAAGCAAGCAAGCCUGGACUUACACUGGCAACCCUUCUGCAAUUGGGAAGAUACACGCCUAUACACUGGCUUGUUAGAGAAAUAAGAGACACGCCAAACUCUUGGCUGACCUAGUACUACAAUGGAGGGCCCAGAGCAUCCAGGGUCAAAUGUUCGUUUUCUGGCUCCGGCAGGCGAGCCCGGGCCGCGGAUCAUUCCGGAGGGGAUGGUGAUCGACGGGCGCGAGCAACAAGUCACGGCCGGCGGGGAAGUCGAGGAUAGGCUGAACUACAUCAAGCAGCAGCAGGCUCUACAGCGGGAACUCCUGCACCAACACUUCAGACAGCAAGAGGAGCAGCUCGCCCGGCAGCACCAGGCGGAACUGCAGCAACAUCUGCACCUCCAGAAGAACUGCUAUGGGUUGGGGCUUAAACUGGAGUUGUUACGGCAACACUUUCGUCAGCAGGAGGAGGACCUGGCCAGACAGCACCAGAGCGAGCUACAGACACAGCUACAUCUACAGAAGCCAGAGAACAUGUCACCUAUGGGACUGAGGAUUGGACUGGUCUACUCUGGUGCAUCUUAUCAUGUGCUGCAUGCCCUGAGAGAACAACAGGAGCUGGCCCAGGCCAGGGGAAAACUCCAGGAGAAACAGUCCGAACGACAGAAACAACUCCUGGCCGGGAAGAAGAAAGAAAACAGUGCAAUGGCCUCCACCGAGGUGAAAGAGAAGUUACAGACGUUCAUCCUGAGUAAGAAGCAGCGAGAGGCGGCGGCCAACAGCCUGCACCAGUCCACACCUCUCAGCAUGGCACACUGGCCGCAUGGGUCCCUGGGUCACAUGCCCAUGUCAGGAGACCUGGCCGCGGCGGCAGCGUACAAGGGACACCCGAUGCUGGGGACUUACGGGAGCAAUGCAGACUUCCCACUCAGAAAAACAGCCUCUGAGCCGAACCUGAAGGUCCGAUCGCGCUUGAAACAGAAGGUCGCGGAGCGGCGAAGCAGCCCGCUUUUACGGCGGCGCGACGGGAUCGGAGGCAGCUUUAAAACGAGAAAACCCUUAUCAAUUGACCUGUCGCCCACUGGUGUGGACACGUCGUCCUGUAAGAGUGCUCCUGGCUCGGGACCCAGCUCACCCAGAUCCAGCCACAGCAACAUGGUCAUAGCGGCUAAUCACGAGGAGGCAGGAGUACCACCAACUGUUGUUCCUGGCAGGAUGGUGGGUGGAAAUGCUGCAGACUUCACCCUGUACACCUCCCCAUCUCUACCCAACAUCUCCCUGGGGCUGGCCAACUCUUCAAGCUCUGCUGACACCACGCAGACGGGAGAGAAGGUGGUACAGUCAGCGCUGUCUCGCGAGGCGGAACUUCGCGCCAUGGCGGCGGCGCGGCUCGGCCAGCCGCUGACCGGUCACAUGAUCCCCACCCAGUCCGGACUGGCGCACCUGGCCAUGCACGGCGGCAUGGAGUCCGAACUCAACCAGUCGUUCCCGCCCGGGAACCCCAACCUCAUCCACGCACGGAUGAAGGCACUGGAGCAGCAGGGGAUCCCUCCUGUAACUGUGCAACAUCUGUUGGCAGGAGCGAGACAUGGUGAGCUAGCAGGGCCGGCGUCGACGGUAGCGAUGAUCAGCACAACCAUGUCCACGGGAGUGUCCAGGCCUGACAACCAGCCACCCAAUGCAAUACCACGCCGGCUACACAAACCCCUUGGUCGGACCCACUCAGCGCCACUGCCGGGUACUCACAUGCACCACCUGCAACAACAGGUGCUCCACCCACAGCACUACAUGCAGGCCCUGCUCAGACAGCAUGUAGUGAACAAGCAGCAGCUGGGUAACGGGGACAUCGCGAAGCAGCCACGCCCGGAGCCUCACCCUGAGGAGACGGAGGACGAGCUGAAGGAGGUCACGCAGGUCACCGUCAAACAGGAGCCGCUCGACAGCGAUGAGGAAAACGAAGAGGAGGAGACCUGUCGACAAUUAGAUAUGAACAUUGACGGGACUAGUGCCCACAGACCACUAUCCAGAGCACAGUCCUCUCCGGCUACCUACAACUCUGUCAAGUCUGUCUUCACCACAGGUGUUGUGUACGAUCCCCUGAUGCUGAAGCACUCCUGCAGCUGCGGAAACAACAGUUACCACCCGGAACACUCCGGCCGCAUCCAGAGUGUCUGGUCCAGACUACAGGAGACAGGGCUAGUCAACAGAUGUGAGAGAGUACGAUCAAGAAAAGCAACUAUAGAUGAGUUAAAAACCUGUCAUAGUGAGCAGCAUGUGUAUUUAUAUGGGACCAAUCCACUACAUCGACAGAAACAAGACAGCAAGAAACUGGCUGGAAGUCUGCAAAAGAGUUUCAAGUAUCUUCCGUGUGGGGGACUGGGGGUUGAUGCAGACACGAUCUGGAACGAGCUGCACUCGCCCAGCGCCCUGCGCAUGGCGGCAGGAUGCGUCAUAGAACUGGCUUUCAAGGUCGCACAGGGAGAGCUCAAGAAUGGCUUUGCUGUAGUCAGACCUCCAGGCCACCAUGCUGAGAUUGACCAGGCCAUGGGAUUCUGUUUCUUCAACUCAAUUGCAGUCACAGCGAGACUUUUAGUACAAAGAUUGAAGUUGAACAAAGUGCUAAUAGUUGACUGGGAUGUGCACCAUGGUAAUGGGACGCAGCAGAUGUUUUACGAGGAUGCGCAGGUUCUGUACGUCUCCCUGCAUCGCUGGGACAGCGGAAACUUCUUCCCAGGAACAGGCGCCCCCGAUGAGUGUGGUAACGGGGCAGGUCUGGGCAAGAACGUGAACAUCUCUUUCCUUGGAGGGUUGGAGCCACCCAUGGGAGACGCAGAGUACAUGGCAGCAUUCAGAACGGUGGUGAUGCCGAUUGCGGUGGAGUUCUCGCCUGACCUGGUGCUCGUGUCUGCAGGGUUCGACACCGCAGAAGGCCACGCCCCUCAACUGGGUGGCUACAAGGUCACGCCCAAGUGUUUUGGUCACAUGACCAAACAGCUGAUGAGUGUUGCAGGGGGGCGAGUUGUGCUGGCACUGGAGGGAGGGUAUGAUCUUGCAGCUAUCUGUGACUGCUCAGAGAUGUGUGUACAAGCACUGCUUGGGGAUGAGUUGCCACCCUUGCCAAAGGAAAUCAUCGAGCAGCCGCCCAACAAAAACGCAGUCGCAUCUCUGGAGCAGACCAUCCGCCUGCAGUCGCCCCAUUGGUCCUCGCUGUCGCGCUACGCCAGCACGGUCGGGUACUCGCUGUUCGAAGCCUACGAGAGGGAGAAGGAGGAGGCUGACACUGUCAGCGCGCUCGCGUCGCUCAGCGUGGCUUCGGCGCCGGGAGUUGGGAUGCCUGCGUCUGCCAACAGGGCUGAAGCAGCGGAACCCAUGGAGGAGGACAGUGCAGCUGCCUGAAGGUUGCGCCCGCCGUCGUGUGCGUAGGUUUUGGGUCGACGUCGACUUCCCGACGGCCCACCACCCCCCGUCCCUGGACGAUGGUUUCUCGUAGAGACUCGGGAGUCGGGGGAGCUCCUUUGUGUAGUUGCAGAACCAUGCCUCCACCGUGUGUCCCGUGCCCAGCCCGUGUACUCUCUAAGUGUACAGAUUGUACAGGACCGUGCAGUGUCUUUGUAUCUGGUUUAUCGUGGUCGGUCUCAUAACAUAUUAUUACUAGUCCUUUCUACUCACGACGAAAAUGAUGAUAACUUUGUACCAAGUGUUUUUCUCUCGGUCUUUUUUUUUCUUAUUCUCUUCCGUUUUACACGUGGGAUCAUGUCGUUCUGUGUGCGUUGCGUCGAAACUCGUAGAAUAACGCUAGCGGUGGUGACCACCUCAUCAGAGCUCGUAACGUGGUGUUGACAAAUGUAUACUUUUCUCAUUAAUGUCGACAAAAUUUCCUUCUUAUUUUUAUGAAUUCAUUAUAUAUAUAAAUAUAUAUAUACAAGAUUGAUACUUAUGAUUGCAAAAGGGCAGUGGUAAGCAGGCAUCGGUUGAGAGCAAUACUCGGUGAUGCUUGCCAGUCAGCGGGAACAGGCAAUUUCUGAAAGGACUGUUCAGUCAGAGGACAUCAGUUUUGCUCUUUGCUCGCUGAGGGAUGGAUUUUUUCGAUAGAUGGUGGCUCGAUGUAAAUGUUUGACUACUUUUUGCCGACUAAUCCGCAGGGCGUGUCGUUGCUAGGGAAACAGGUAAAAAAGAGUUGUUGUAGUCCGUCGACGAAAUUUGAUAAAAGAGAGAUUUUAUAGAUGGCUUUUAGAGGAGAGCGACUUAGGAGGAUGUCUGUUGUUGUUGGUUAAAAAAAAACGAAAAGCGAUGACUGAAGUUGUCCUGGUGUACAUAUCUUGCUUUUCAGGAGAAAGUUUGAAGAAACCCACUCCUUGUGGUGGGCUUGGGAUAAGGAGUGGUACGUCCGAAAUAUCAUCGCAUAUACUUCCUUCCACUCCUAUGCCUUUAUUUUUGAGAUGUGAGUUUAAAAGAAAUUGAUAUGUGUAGUACAAGUUCGUGUACAAGUGACCUGUAACUGUUGAUAGUGUACAGCGUAAAAAUUGUAUAUGAAAUGUCGUGCCUACAGCUGUUAGAGAAUUGUACAUGUAUGUAGACCAGUGCUUGUGGUAGGGCCUCUGGCUGUUGGGCAACGAAAGCUGCUUCCUGCUAGGUGUUGUCUGUGGUUACGUCAAUGCCCCAACAAACAUGGUUGCUCCUUUGUAAGACGGGUUAGCCCCUCUCUCACACAC